CUAGUAGUAAUUGUUUGGCAUUGAAGGAAGAAGAAUUGAGAUCCCCCUCCCGCUUUGUCCCAAACCCAUCUUUGCUGAACACAAAUCCAUAUAUUCUUUCAUACUUCAAUAUGGGUAUUUUACCCUUAAUAUCUUAAACACCAGAAGCAAUUUGUUUUUUUCCUCUCUCUCUCUAAUUUCGAUUCUUCUGGAUCUGGGUAUUUCUGAAAAUGGGGAAAAACCAAGCCUACAAGGCUAUGCAAAGAGCCAGGCUUGACUCUUCCUCAGCUGGCGUUGAAGAGAUCGAGGAUGGCAUGGUGGAUGGUUCUUUUCAUUCACCAGAGUGGCAUGCUGCUCGUUUGGCCAGUCUUAAAACUUCUCAUACCGUUACGUGGGAAGAGUUUAAAAAGAAACAAAAAGAAGAUGCAUUGAGAAAGGGGGAAUUAGAAGCAGAUACAGAUCGAAUGAUGCGGGGAUAUAGAGCUCAGCUAGAUGCUGAAAGGGCAAGCAAGCUUGCGCAUGGUAGAAAUCACUCCCGGAGUAAAUCUAGCCAUAAAAAGGAUCGAAAAGAAAAAGGUGCAAAGAAGCGCAGCAGCAAGAAGAGGAAGCGUUCAAGACGGAGAUCUUCCGACUCUAGUUCCUCGAGUUCAUCCUCAGAAUCUUCCAGUAGUGACGGCGAAGAGAGAGAAUCACGGAGGUUGAAGUCCAAGUCUAGGAGAGAGAAGAAAAAGAAACACAAAUCGAAAAAUAGGAACUCAAGCACUGACAAUGAAGAUGGGGAAGGUCCAGUGCCACUUUCAAUAUUUUUUGGGAGUGUGAAGAGUUAAAAUGGCAUGUUAAAAGAAACCAAAUUGUGUAACUGUUAAUUUCUGCAUUAGAAAAUGAAUUUUCUCCCAUAUUUUCUGAAUUAAAGGCUUGUAAUGAUGUUUAAUUCCUUUUUUUUUUUUUUGCUCUGGAUGUUUUCUGAUUCAUUCCUACUUUGUAGUUAUUAAUGGAUGGUAUUUAUGAAAACCUGUUAAGUUUCU